AUGCCAUCACCAUGUGCUGUUUGUGAAAUGCCGUCCAGCGGUUUACAUUUUGGUGUUUCCUGCUGUCGAGCGUGUGCGGCUUUUUUUCGACGUACCCUUUCCUUACGGCUGAAGUACAAAUGUCGCUUCUCAAGAAUGUGCGAAGUCACUCAAAAAAAACGCUACUCGUGCCGAUACUGUCGUUUCGAGAAAUGCCUUAUGGUUGGAAUGAAGAAAGAAAAUUCAGUGGUGCAAGCAGUGAAUUCGAUCGAUCCAUGGGAGAACCCCAAGGCGUCGUCCUCCAAUCCCGGUUCCAAUACGGUAAGAUUUUUCUCGAAAAUCAAACCAUCUGAGGUUUUAUUUCUUCAGUCCUACUCAUCGUGCUCGCCACCAGAGCCGUUGUAUCGUAUCCCUGCCAUCGUACGGAACGAAAAUUAUCAACAAGCUAACGCUAUAGCGGUCUAUGGAAGCAGCCCCGGCAACUUCGACUUUCAUAGUAACGCCCAAAUGAUUCUCAAAGCAAAAAUUGAUGUACUAUUCGACAUGGUAAGAAGCUGA